GCACACGAAUCGCGCAUGCGUAGCUUUGGUACACGUGAAGCAGGCAGCAUGGCUGAUAAAACAGAAGUUGUGUUAGACCGGACUCAGGUGAAAAAGGCCGUUCAGGCUCUGCAGGCUUUCCUGAAAACCAAGUCCACCAGCGCCUCUCUGUUCCUGGACGAGGCUCAGCAAAUGAGCCUGCUCUUCACCCUGUGGAAGGUCCCCAGACAGGCACAGACCAUCCGCAUUCCCUUGCCCCAUGGCCAGCGGCCUGACACAGACGAGGUCUGCCUCUUCACCAGGGAUGAGCCCAACAUGACCUCAGAGCAGACACAGAGGUUUUAUAAGCGGCUACUGGAGGAAAAGGGCAUCAAAAACAUAUCUGAGAUCAUCCCCUACAAGGUCCUGAAGACAGAGUACAAACCGUAUGAAGCCAAGCGACGUCUGCUAGGGAACUUUGACAUGUUUCUUUCUGACGACCGUGUCCGCCGCCUGCUGCCGUCCCAUCUCGGAAAACAUUUCUACCAGAGGAAAAAAGAGCCGCUGUCUGUGAACCUGCAGAGCAAACAUCUGGCCAGAGACAUCCAGAGGCUCAUCCAGGGAACCAACCUGAAGGUCACCAACAAGGGCUGCUGCUGCAUGGCUCGUGUUGGCCACUCCGGCAUGACCGCAGAUGAGGUGACAGAAAACAUCCAGGCUGCUGUCCAAACAGUGGUGGCCAAAUUACGCAUGAAAGGACCAGUGAUGAAGCUCAUCCAUUUAAAAAGUCAGACGUCAGUCGCCCUGCCCAUCUACACCUCAGACCUCAGCCUCCUCACCGCGGUGAAGGGGGCAGAUAAGCAGGCUCAGACUCCCAAGGAAAAGGGAGGAGCAGCCAAAAAGAAAGCAAAGCAAAAACAGACAGAGAACGACACAAAACAAACAGAUACUGCUGCAGAGGGGAAAGGAGUGGAGAAGAAGGUGAAGAAAAAGAAGGCAGCGGAGGAGGAGGAAGAAGAAGAGGAGGAAGAAAUCCCACAGCUGGUUCCCAUAGAAACACCAAGCAAAAAGCCUAAACUGGAGAAGCCGUUGAAAAAGAAGCAGCUGGAGAAAGCACCCAAACCUGCUGCAGCGAAGAAAGGAACAAAAGCUCAGAGCAAACUGACAAAGAAAGCUGGCAAGGCCGACUCCAAAGUAAAAAGAAAAGUGCCUAAAGUGAAAUGAGUCUCUGCAGAGCUUCUUUUGCACAUCACCCUCUGAACCUGGACAUUUGACACAGUAUACAGGACCAGAUUGUUCAUAGAAUGGUCAAUAUAUUCAGUCUGUUUGUCUGUUUUUCUCAUUAUAUAAACUUUGUUAUCUGAAAUGA